GGGGAAGUUCUCGCGGGACCCCGAAGAGGAGCGGAAGCGAGGCGGCUGUGCUGCUUCAGAGACCGGGCGGCGGCGGCGACGACGAGGACUGUGGUGGUGACAGCAGCCGGAACAGGCGCUGCCCUCGGGGAGCAGCAGCAGGGUUGGCGGCGGCUCGCACCGCUGCGGAGGGGCCGGCCGGGCGCGGAGCGGAGCAGCUUCGCCACGGGUGGCGUUGUGUGUCCCGGAGGGCAAGAGCGAGUCCCAGAAGAGAGGCGAGGCUGAGCCCAGAGCGCUGGGUCGCUUCAGCAGGGAAGACUCCCUUCCCCCUGCUUCAGGCUGCUGAGCACUGAGCAGCGCUCAGAAUGGAAGCCAUCGCCAAAUAUGACUUCAAAGCCACUGCAGACGACGAGCUGAGCUUCAAAAGGGGGGACAUCCUCAAGGUUUUGAAUGAAGAAUGUGAUCAAAACUGGUACAAGGCAGAACUCAAUGGGAAAGAUGGCUUCAUUCCCAAGAAUUACAUAGAAAUGAAACCACAUCCGUGGUUUUUUGGCAAAAUCCCCAGAGCCAAGGCAGAAGAAAUGCUUAACAAACAGCGGCAUGAUGGGGCCUUCCUUAUCCGCGAGAGUGAGAGUGCUCCUGGGGAUUUCUCCCUCUCUGUCAAGUUUGGAAAUGACGUGCAGCACUUCAAGGUGCUCCGAGAUGGCGCUGGGAAGUAUUUCCUCUGGGUGGUGAAGUUCAAUUCUUUGAAUGAGCUGGUGGAUUAUCACAGAUCUACGUCCGUCUCCAGAAACCAGCAGAUAUUCCUCCGGGACAUAGAGCAGGUGCCACAGCAACCAACGUACGUCCAAGCCCUCUUUGACUUUGAUCCCCAGGAGGACGGAGAGCUGGGGUUCCGUCGGGGAGACUUUAUCCACGUCAUGGAUAACUCAGACCCCAACUGGUGGAAAGGGGCUUGCCACGGGCAGACAGGCAUGUUCCCUCGCAAUUACGUCACCCCCGUGAACCGGAACGUCUAGGAGCCAAGAGGAGCUUAUUUAAAGAAGUGAAAAAUGUAAAACAUGUACAAAAGAAUUAAACCCACAAGCUGCCUCUAACAGUGGCCUAUGAGGGAGCUGAGAACACCUGGCUGGGUCACCUGGUGACCCUCUCACUUUGGAACUUUGGGGGGUGGGAGGGGGAGUUGGAUAUAACAAUGCCAAAACACCUAUAAAUUAAGAGAAAGAGUUUUUAUGACAAAUUUUCACCACUGCUCCUAUUUCUCUUCCUUUGUCCUUUUUUUCCCAUCUCUCUUCUGUCCAUCAGUGCAUGACGUUUAAUGCCACAUAUAGUCCUAGCUGAUGCCAAUAAUAAAAGAAAAGAAACCAAGUGGGCUGGUAUUUUCUCUAUGCAAAAUGUCUGUUUUAGUCAGAAUGACUGAACAGCCGUUGCUGGGUUCCUCACACACACACACACACACACAAGGGGGACAGGAAGGCCUUGCUCUGUAGCUUCUGCCAGCGGAGGGGAGGGUGAGUAGGCGUCUGCCUUCCAGCCCCCAAGCCCCGGGACACUUCGUCAAAGCUGGAAACGGGGGGGAAAGGCUGGAGCAGUGCCCCUCAUGGCUUCCUGAGAAAGACUGAAAACCUGUGUCCCUCUUCCACAUUGGUUUCCCUUCCGAAUGGUAUUAUUGAGCAUGUUGUUUUUUCAUAGUGCCUUUUUCCUUAUUUCGAGGGUUGCUUAUGAGUGGUGUUUUCUAUUUGUUUUGUUUUAAAAUAAGUUAAAGACAGUCCAGAGCUUUUCAGCCGGUUUGUCUCCUCCUCUGUGUAAAUAUUUUCCUUCGGGGGGAGGGGAGAACAGGGUAGAGGAGAGGAGACGAGUAGAAGUGGGGGGAUGCGGGCGUUCUGCCUGUUCUAAGCCAGGAGUCAGUAAGGUUCAGCUUUAAUAUUUGUGAGCCCUCCAGAGUUAGAGCGGAAGCUGGGGUACCUGGAGCCGCGGCCCCGGAUGCAUGUGACCAGCUGCCGGGGAAGGGGAGGUGGCGGCUCGUCCCACCUCGCACUGGAUCUGGCUGAAAGGGGGGGUCAGCGGCCUUGACCUCGCGGCCUCAGGUGUUGUCUGCCCCACUCCUUAACCUUAGAGACCCCCCAGAUGCAAACCCCUGGAGCCAGCAAGUUUCAAACACAGGAAAGGAACUGAAGCUGUCGCGCUCUGAACUGUAUCAGGACGUACCGUAUUCCUGCACUGGGGUACAAAGUGAGCCUUCACUUCAUUUUUCUUGCUCUGCAAACCAGGGGUACCCCUUCAUGCCUUUCACCUUUUGUGUUCCCACCUAACCUGCCCAGGUGAGCCUUAGGGCAGCGUUCCAUUCACAGCGGGCUGUGUUUAUAGCUGCUCCAUUCCACCCCCAAAAAGGAAAUGUCUCCAUGAAGCAGGGCAAGCUGGGAAGGAAGAUUGGAUUUCUAGGAAGGUCAAGUCCCCUGAGAACGCUCUGCCCGUCUGCUGCCAUUUUCUUGUCCCUCGGAGUGAUGUGCCUGUGAACUUUCUCCACAACACAGACAGGGCCGCCGAGUUGGUGACGGCCUCGGGUCUGGAGUGGUCUUCAGAGUCUGCCCUGGACACUGGUUCUGGAGCCGGACUCGGCCCGGAGCACGCGGAGGACCAAGAGGUGGCCGCUCUUCUGGACGGAGCACCGGCCUCUCCUUGCCCCCUGUCUGACUCCUUCUCCUUUUCUCGCUGAUAAAAGGAACCUGGCAUUCUACACCUGGACCAUCUGAUUGUUUUGUUUUGGAAUUGGUGUAUAUCAUGAAGCCUUGCUGAACUAAGUUUUGUGUGUAUAUAUUUAAAAAAAAAAUCAGUGUUUAAAAGACAUAUGUACUUAAUCCUUUAACUGCGAGUAGCAUUUGGUAGGUAGUGAUUAACUGUGAAUAAUAAACAUACAGUGACUUCUUCA